UAUAUACAGGUAAUGAAUACGCCUGUGCAGGUUACUAAACAGCUUUACAGCUAUACAUUCAAUACGAAUGAGUUGUUUAAUAACGAAUAUUGAAUUGGUCGAUUGUUUAUUUUAAUCCCACUCGGUUUUGUAGCAUCUGCAUGUUUGACAUUUGGAUUUAAAAACAUAACCAAUUUGUUGAUAAACGUUCGUUGAGAAUGCAAGUUGAUUUUUCUUUUAUUUUUUUCGAUAUUAAAUAAAUUUUAUCGAGUGAUUUUUUCCAAAAAAAAAAAAAAGAAUAUGAUAGGAUGAAUCUGUAUCGAGGUAAAAGUUCGCGUGAAGUGUAUUUAGCGUCUUUAUUGUACGACUCCAUAGACGAUAAUAAUUUCAAUGCCGUAAAAUUAUUGUUGUGUGAAAAAGAGGCUGAUCCUAAUCUUAUUUUACCGAUAAAAAAUAUUUCUUCCUUCCAUUUGGCUGUUGGUUGUGAUGACGAAACUUUUUCUCUGAAAGUUACUAAACUGAUUUUACAAAAUGGAGGAAAUCCUAAUGUAUGUUCUGACGAUGGAUUGACCCCGGUUCACAUAGCAGCAGCAUGGGGUAGAGUGGAGAUUCUACGGAUACUAUUAAACUGUGGGGGCGAUGGGGAAUAUAGAGAUUCAAACUUAAUGACACCCAUUCAUUAUGCAAUAAAGGAGAGUUGGCAGGAUUGCGUGGAUCUACUUAGAUCUUAUUUACCAUAUAAUUAUAAUAUAAUCAAUAAAGAUCAAGAAAACUGUUGUCAAUAUAGAUUAGAUAAAAUUAUUGUAAAUAAUGGUUACGCUAGAGGGGAAUACGGAGUUCUUUUGAAAUCAGAGAAUAGAGUUGAUGUAGGUGAGACUAUGGAAGAUUUGGGGCAUUUACCCAAACCGGACACCACCAAAUACGUUCUAAAUUGGUUCGAAACACACAUCGAUAGUAGAGGGGGUGAAACUUUCGUUAAAAAUGUUAGCGAUACGUCAGAGGAAGAGAAAAACAAGCGGUUACCUUACGACAGCUCUUUAGACGAAUCAGAAAACGACGAAAAAAUUGUCGUUUCAAAAAACUCGUACGGAAGAAAAACGAAAAUUGACGAGACAAACGUCGCAAUGUCGAGCGGUUUUGAUUCGGCCGAAUCCGAUACUAGAAACUGCUGUAAAGAAAUAUCCGGUGAAAGCGGAAUUUUAUCGUUCACAACCUCGACUGAUCACUUAAUUAACAAUUUCGAUAAUAUAAAUUCCAAAAACGUCGAUUUUAAAAUUGUCCCCAACUUUAAUGAAUCAAAAUCACUUGGCAACGGCGUAAAGUACAUGACGUGCUCCAAAAACCUCGAAUCAAAAGUUUCCCCGAAUUAUGAUAAUUUAAACACACUUGGCAACGCUGAAAAUUUGACGUGCUUCAAAAACCUCGAAUCGAAAGUUUCCCUCAAUUAUAAUAAUUUAAACUCAAUUGGCAACGUUGUGAACGGCAGCAAUGAAAAUUUGCAGUGUUUUAAAAAUGGCGAUACAAAAAUUUCGGAGAAUUAUAAUAAUUUAAAUUCGCUUGGCAAUGGUGUAAAUGGUAGUAACGAAUAUCUGACAUGUUCCACAAAUGUCGAUUCGAGAAUUUUCUCGGACGAUAGUAAUUUGAAUCCACUUGGCAACGGUGUAAAUGCGAGUGUAUUUAAUAAAAAUAUAUUGGCAAUAAGUGGCGAUUCGAAUUUAUUAACUUCGGAUGAUUCGGUUGUUAAUAAAAUGGACGACGAGGAAAGUACGGAAUUGAGUUUCGUGACAGUUUCCGAAUAUUAUAAAUACGAAGAUAAAUCCGAAGGGAUCACGUUGUACGAGAAACGAAUGGUAAAAAUAACCAGCGAUGAAGGCGAAAGUGUGAAAACAUUCUCAACGAAAAUGAGUUCACUACCGGAAACAUUCGAUUACGAUGCCGUAACCUUGAGAAGGGAACUCACAUUAUUAGGAUACGACCCUCCGGGUCCAAUCACCAUAACAACUAAAAGGUUAUAUUUAAAAAAAUUGUACCGGCUACAAAAGGAUGCCGCGAAAAAAACUCCACAGAAAACCGUUGGAAAAUCUCCACAGUUGAUAAUUAAUAGAGUGUAUUCCCCGGAAUUGGAGAAAACUUUGAGGGACCCUACGUGGAAACAAGAUCUCUCAGUUUAUAGGCGAUUAGAGGAAGUGUUGGUGAAGGAGUUCAGUACGCCAUUACCAUCGAGAAAAUGGCGCGAAGGUCACAGUAAAUCGUCUUUCACGUAUUUACUGUUAGAUCCUAGAAAAACGGACGAUUUACCAUGUAGGGCGCAUACAAUGGAUCCUCAAGAAGUAUGGAAAACCUUCUUAUCGGCCAUAUUCUAUAUAGGAAAAGGUAAAAAAACCCGCCCGUAUGCGCAUCUCUACGAAGCGGUGAAUUUAUGGCGACGAGGUGGCAGUAGGAACGUACCCAAGAAGAAACUCCAGACUAUUUUGGAUAUUUGGAAAAGUAACGGAGGCGUAAUCUGCCUUCACGUUUUCCAAAAUAUCAUCCCCGUGGAAGCAUAUACCAGGGAAGCGACGAUGAUAAGCGCCUUGAAAAUGGAAAAUUUGACCAACGAAAAACAGGGGGAAUUCUACGGAAUUGCGUCUACAUGGCAGGGGACGCAGAAGAGGUUACUCGGAACAUAUUUGUUACAUAAGGCUUUGACGGUAUUCUUGACUGAAGGUGAAAGGCAAUUAUACGCUGCCGAUAUAAGUACUGGGUGAUAUUUAAUUAAAAUAAUAUCGAUGUUAAAAUUUGACAUAUUAAGGGAUAUAAGUCACUUUUCAAAGUGCGAAAAUUGAAAAAUUAUCAAUUUUAUUAAAUUAUUCAAUUUUUUCAUAUACUCAAAAAUGAUUUAAUGGAAGUGCAAUUCGUGUGAUUUAUAUUUAUACAAAUUUAUAUAUAAAAUAUUAAAUAUAUGAAUAAAAA